AUCCACUUGUAAAAAGCCCACAUUAUGCAAAAAAUAUUGUCUCUUUAUUGGGAUAGUUUCAAGAACUUUUAAUUUGUUGCCAUCAGUCUCAAUGGACAGUCAGGCAGGAGGAAAUUGAAGUCGAAAUGCAUUCGAAAUUCAUUCAACGUAAUAUCCCUGCAAUCCUGCUCUUAAACAUUGUGUUUUUGUUAUUGGUGAAGAAAACAAGCGGCGAGAAAUCAUUAUUUGACGAGGUUCCCUUAAACGGGGCUCUUUCCCCAGCGGAUUAUAAUUCCGUAGAGUCGGAAAGCUUCAGUGAUACCAAACUAGAGACUACCACUAAAGGUCCUAAACCAUCAUAUCGACAACAUCAGAGGAAAAAGGAGAAAGCUUCGUUAUUUGACGAAAUUCCGAAUCAAGGUGCAUUUCCUGAGGAAAGCAGUGCAAAAACACGGACUCCGCGAGACUCUAUUGAUUUCGAGGUAUCGCAUAUAACUCCCACAAAUGAGUUUGACAUGCCGUAUUGGGAUAAGCGUUUCCUUGUCCCCAUUGUGAACUCUAUUGCUGGAAGACCUACUUCACCGGAAGAAGUUGUCGUUCCCUCUUCAAGAUUUCCCACUCUGAAUAAUAAUUUCAACUCUCAACGAGGUCCUCCACCGUUUCCACAAAGUCCAAAAAUCCAUUAUGGCCCACCUCCAAGAAGGAAUCAAUACCCCAACCACCACCCCCGUCAACAACAGCCUUAUCGACAUGGUUGGGAUCACUCUGCAUCAUAUCCCGCUAAACGGGAUGACGAACAGCAGCAGCACGCCAAUAAAACGCUUCACGUGUCUGCAAACUCUGGAGGUCCCACGGUCAUCGUUUACACACACCCAAAAAAAGAUGGACCGACUCAUCCUCAAAGAGAAAUUCCUGAAACCACCGUAGCUCCACCUAAAAAUGAAAUUCACUAUCAUUAUCACAUCCAAAAUGAGGAAUCCCGACCAAAACCCCCACCGUAUGGCCGACCCCCCUUCCCACCACCUAGAAGAAGACCACCCCCACCACCUCCCUUAAAAUCCUAUGGAGUUCCACCCCCAAGUAGUAGUAAAGGAGGAGGAGGAUACCCACCCUCCGUCAUGGUACAGUCCAACACAUAUCACAACACAGACUCAGAAAAGGGCUCUUUUCGUUCAAGCUUUAACGAUGAUGGGCACAACAACCAGCAGCAAGAAGACACUGAAGAUGAUUUUAGUCGACGGACCUUCGUCACCAAAAGUAGGACACCUCCAUCAAGUUAUAAUCCAGCAAUUGACUCUUACUCUAAGCCUCCUUCAACCUCAUACGAGAUUCCCCCUUCAUUCAAUGCCCCCAGCAGUUCCAGCUACGCUACGCCACCUCCUUCCUCGUCACAAUAUGGUCCAAAGGGUCACCAUCAUCAUCAUGAACCGGAAACCAGCUACGGACCGCCCCCAACGUCGCCGGCAGCCCCUCCAGCUCCACCUCCACCACAAUCGGACGCAGGAGGAGAUCAAUAUGAAACCACCAUCACUUUGCAAACAAUCCCCAUAACUCGUCAAGUAACAGAAUUGGUUCAGGUGCCGAACGUGGUUCAUAAAAUCUCUUCAAAUCGUCCCGUCCAGACCGAACAAUCUUCCUUUGCAGACGAUUUUGUCCAACAACCUUCAAGCGCAUACGGUGCUCCAGCACCACCUCCCUCACGAAUUACAAUAACCACUCCGCCACCCUCACGAAUUCGCGAUGAUAACAAGGAAAGACCUUUCGAGUCUCAUCUUUCCCAAAUUCUUGGAGUGAAUAGCAACCCAACACCUGCCCCACAAAGGGAAUCUAGCCUUCUUCAAGAAUUACUUUUAGGUCAAGCUCGUAAUCCUGGAUAUGACUUAACUCUCAACGACCUCGAGUUGUUGAGUUUAUUACAAGGAUCGAAAGGCAGUGGUGGUGGAGGAAGUUCUGUUGGAAUCCUACAACCACAAAAUACACGAUUAAAUCUGUUUGGGGGGUUGUUGGGAGGUGGCAGAAGUCAAUUUCCGCUCUCUUCCUUUGGUCAGCAAAACCUUGGGUGGGGAAGUGCUGGGAGCGAUGGUCUCACAUCAUUGCGAGAAGCGUUUCGAGAACAAAGGUUACAAAUUGCCCUCCAAGAUUUGAGGAAGCAGGUGAGAGAACAGGGUCGGGACAAUCAAAGAGAACGGACGGGUUAUCGAAGUCUCUUUACGAAGGGCGCCAUGCUUCUCAGUGCACUUACCCUCAUCCCUUCAAUGAUGAAUCCGAUGACAGCAGCCGCAGGGUUAUCGGCUUCGUCCGCAGCAACUGCAUUUCCAAAUUUUAUGCUCCCCGUCACAGCGGCCGCAGGAGGAAUGGGUCGAAGGAGACGAAGGUCACUCCAUAGCAAACAGGGCCUUCCUUGGGAACACUGUCCAGGGGGAUUUUACUACCACCCUUCGCAACAAGAACAGCAGAACACCACUGUCACUUCUCCCCUUAAUACUGAUAGCUAUCGAAAGUGGGUGGAAUGUUCAUUAACAAGGUCGAAUCCUCAGGAUGUCCACUUUUCAAAUGAUUCUUCUAUAAUCCAGCCUACGAAAAUGAACAGCAUUUUCAAACCCUCCGACCUUCGCAUAGUUUCUAGCUGCAUCCAAAAAGAUUUUUGUACCAACAUUUCGACGACGAACGCGAGAGAACGAGACAUCCUACUUCACGAGUUCUCAUUAUUGUUUCAUGAUUUGAAGACGAAUCCGUGGGUUCAAGAGUCCAUUCGAGCCGCAGAGAAAAAUCAGUGUCAUAAAUUUUCUUGUCCACUGAAGGCAAUAUAAAGUCGAGCAAUAUAAUAAUUCUACUCAGAACUGUGUUGGUUAUCCAAUAGAGCACUGUUAUAUAUUUUUUAAUCAAUAAAACAAGUAAACUCCACUUAAAAACUGAA